AUGGAUCAAGUCAAGAACAACAGCCCAACCAGGUUCCGCGAGUUCGACGCAAAGCUCGAGCGGAUAUCGGGCCAAAGCAAGUGCGACGACGUGGCCAAGGCCGGCUUUGUCGGCGACGGCCACGUCCACUUCAAGGGCGAAAACCUGAACCUCAGCAAAGACGCGGCGCCGGCGAGCAUGGCGCAGAGCGGGAGUGGAAAGACCGGCGGGCUCCCGGGAUGA